AUGAAGCGGGCAGACGCGUGUAUUCCACCCCAUGGAAUAAAACAAAACCCCACCUGUAAUCUUCUGACAAUCGUCGCAUGUUUAGUACUACUUACCUUCCUCGUUACAUGCUUCAUAAUCAGUGACUCGGAUUCUGCAGAUGACACUCAAUUCAUUGAUCAAACCAUCCCAAAAGUUUACAACAAGUUGGAAGGAAUCCCUCCCGAGGAGAGAGACCUUUUCCAUGGUUUCCAAACCUCUUUUAUACCGUCUGAAGAGCUGAUGCAAGCGCAAGGGCAUUCUAAGUCUAAAAGAAGUUUAGAAGAGCCAGUGAGUAGUGACUUUUUGUGGGACGCUUGGACAGGAGUGAGUGGACCAAUUACUGCAAUUAGACCAAAACGUAAUAGCAAAUUUACGUUUACAUCGCAGGACUAUAUGGAAGAUCCCCUCUUUCAUCGUCACGAGGUCCAACAGCAUAGUCAAGAGAGCACCGGCGAGAGUUACGAGGACUAUUCUUAUGACUCCGCGGAAAACAACAGCCAGGAAGAAACAUUUCAAACUAUCGCCGAGCAUCGAAACCACGUGGAUCGCGGCCCCCUAGACGACGUGGUUGAGCAGAUCCGCAGCCAGCCAGAGUUGGAGGAGGGGGAAAUGGAGUCUUCCGCGCUGCAUUUGUAUAAGCCGAGCUCGUCGCAUACAGGUAUCCAAGCAUUCUGGAAAGGGCAAGGCGACAAGGCCGCUAUAAGGGAGACGCAAGCAAGCAUCAUGAAGCGAAACAUGGACGGGGACGCCGACCCCUGCCACGACUUCUACCAAUAUGCUUGCGGCAACUGGGCUGCUCUCAACCCUAUUCCUGCUGAUAAAGCCGGGUACGACACUUUCGAAAUGCUGAGAGAAAACCUCGAUGCUGUACUUAAGGAUCUACUGGAAUUCCAUGAACCAUUUCCAAGCAAAUAUCCCGGAGCUAACCUGGACGUGAAUUAUGGUUUCCUAAAUACAACUAAGACGAAUCGUUACCAGAAUACGAAUAAUGAUAACAAUAAACUUCACAUAGACACAAUGGAUAUUAGUAACUUUGGUGAAAUACUAAACAGUUCUAUUGAUGGAAGAUACAGAUACGAUUGGAUUAAAACCGACCAAGAGAAACCUGAAAUCGUUAAUCGUAUCCACACUUUGUUUCAUAGAAAAGAAAGAGAUUUAUUUAAAAAAGCCAAUAACACGAAACCUAAGAACUUAUUACAAAUACUCAAAAAGAAGAGAAAAGGAAAUAUAGUGAAACACGUGCAUAAUAAAAUAGAUAGUGAUAUUUCAGAAAAACAUGGAAAGAGAAAAAAACGUAGCUUAAAAGGAAAAUUGACGAAACUGAAAUCGUUGCUUCAAAAAGACGAUUUUACUAAAACUGACGAUGCAGCAUUGAAAGCGAAAUUUUUAUUUAAAUCAUGUAUGAAUUACGAAAUACUACAAAAACGUGGACAUCAACCGCUUCUAGAUCUUUUGAAUUUAUUUGGAGGUUGGCCUAUUCUUGACUCCAUUUGGUUACCGUUGAGUUUUGACUGGCUAGAUGUUAUGGCAAAGUUACGUUUGUACAAUAAUGAUAUUCUAAUCUCUGAGUGGGUAGGACCGGAUAUAAAAAACUCUGACGAAUACGUUAUUCAAUUCGACCAGACGAGCUUAGGUUUACCUACACGAGAAUAUUUUUUGCAAAGUUCCAAUAACAUAUACUUGGAUGCAUACAAACAUUACCUCAUAAAAAUCGCUCUUUUGCUGGGUGGAAAUAAUAAUCAUGUAUUGCAAAGUGCAGAGAAGCUCAUCGAUUUUGAAAUAAAGUUGGCAAAUAUAACAUCAGCUCCCGAAGACAGGAGAAACGUAUCUGAACUCUACCGGAGAAUGACUCUACGUAAACUGGAGAAGUUGGUGCCAGAGAUUGGAUGGAGACGAUACUUGUGUGCCGUCAUGAACAGAACCGUCCAUUCACAUGAAACUGUAGUACUUUUUGCACUCACUUAUGUACAACACCUCGUAAAGCUGAUCGAUGAGACGGAUCCAGAGGUGCUGGCUAACUAUUUGUUAUGGCGAUUUGUCAGGCACAGGGUCAACAAUCUUGAUGAUCGAUUUCAGUCAGCCAAACAACAAUUUUACUUCAUUUUGUUUGGUCGAGAACAAUCACCACCUCGUUGGAAGAACUGCAUAUCUCAAGUGAACUCAAACAUGGGUAUGGCUCUUGGAUCCAUGUUCGUAAGAAAGCACUUCGAUGAAACAAGCAAAAACGAUACACUUACCAUGACAAGAGAAAUACAACAAUCCUUCAGAGAACUGCUACAUAAGAUGGAUUGGAUAGAUGAUGGUACAAAAGAUUUAGCUGCACAAAAAGUGGACGCCAUGAUGCUAAGGAUAGGGUAUCCUGAUUUUAUUUUGAAUAAGAAAGAGUUGGAUCAGAGGUAUAAGGAUGUGAAAAUACACCCUGACAAGUAUUUUGAGAAUACGCUUAACAUUUUACAACAUUUGACGCAAAUGGAACAGUCUCGCUCAAUCGGAAACCGGGAAGUGGGUCAAAUUUAUCUUAUACGUUUUGAAGCACACUAUCAUACCUCUACUACAUAUACAAGGAUAGGCGAGCCAGUUAACAAGACGUUAUGGAACACAGCCCCGGCAGUGGUGAACGCGUAUUACAGCCGCAACAAGAACCAGAUCAUGUUCCCGGCUGGGAUACUCCAGCCACCAUUUUACCACCGCCACUUUCCACGCUCGCUCAAUUAUGGAGGCAUAGGAGUUGUCAUUGGACACGAACUAACGCAUGGUUUCGACGACAAAGGUCGCCUCUUCGACUGCAACGGAAACCUUCACCGCUGGUGGUCAGACUCUGCUAUCGAGGCGUUUCAUCGGCGUGCGCAGUGUCUGAUAGAUCAGUAUGGCCGCUACGUUGUGCCUGAAGUCAACAUGAAGCUCGAUGGUGUCAACACUCAGGGUGAAAAUAUAGCCGACAAUGGCGGCGUGAAGCAAGCCUUCCGCGCCUACAUCCGCUGGGUCCAGAAGAACGGAGUCGAAGAUGAGACGCUACCCGGCCUCAACCAUACACAUACGCAACUCUUCUUCCUUAACUUUGCGCAGGUAUGGUGCGGCGCGAUGCGUGCCGAAGCGAUGCGCAACAAGCUCAAGACGGCCGUGCACUCUCCAGGCCGUUUCCGCGUCAUCGGAACACUCUCGAAUUCCAACGACUUUGCCAGGGAGUUCAAGUGCCCGCUUGGCUCGCCAAUGAAUCCGGUAGAAAAGUGCACAGUGUGGUAGAAAUGCAAUUAUACAAAAUCGAUAUACUACUAUCACUUAUUUUUGCGGUAGGUAUAUAUUCAGCCAACUUUUUCCUCAGUUCCUGUAAGAGUGGUAUGUCCAAUGGCAGUUCCUGUGAGAAGAGUUAUGUCCAAUGGCAAAUACGAUAGUUUAAUUUAAAGCAUUUAAACAAUGAUUUCUUGAUUAUUAUAAAGUUAGAUGCCUACCUUAGUUUAUAUUGUGAAUUGAUUUUAAUGUUACAUAUUUACUUAGAUUAGGUUAUAACUAAGCCUAUAUUACCUCAGUAUUUGUUAGAUUAGUAUAAUAUGCUAUUACUGAAUUAACUCAUAUGUGAGUGUGUUUAGUAAAACGUCUCACUUUGUCGGUUACCACUAAGGCGAGAUUUACUUGUAUCAUUAUAUGAAUAAACCGACAAAGCGGCUUCAUAGCAAUCGACAAAGUGGGACGUUUUCCCGUGCACACUCACAUAUUUUCUAUAACUCUGAAUCACAAUAAUUAUUUAAAAACUGCAUGCUUUUGAGAUACCUACCUAUCAGCAGAUUUUUUAUUAUUUUUAUUGCAAGAAUAUGUUUAACUGUGAUAUCGAUUAUUUUGGAAGUUUCAUUUAGGAAGUAUUUACGAUUGUUAUAUAAAUAAAAAUGGAGAA